UAAUUUCAACUUUUAAAUUCAAGGGGGCAAAAUUAAUUUUGCUAUCACACAAAAUACAAGAGUUUAGUUUCCUUCUCUGUUGGGAGAAAAAGAGAAAAAAUGGAAGCGAACCAGAGAAAGAGGAAGAAGGAAAUUGAGAAUACGGAAGAAGAUAGGCUGAGCGAGUUAUCCGACUGCCUUCUCCACCACAUCUUCUCUUUCACCGACGCCGCCGAUGUUGUCAGAACUUGUAUUUUGUCUCAAAGAUGGAGGUACCUAUGGAUUUCUCAUCCCAAUCUUAAUUUCAAUUUCAACAACUUUUCUAGGGUUAUUAGCUCAAAAAGAUCAUAUUUCAUUAAUUUUAUCCAUCAAGUUCUUCUGCGUCGAAAUUCUGUACCCGUUCAUAGUUUUCACUAUAGUUUACAUUCGGAUGUUAAAAGCAGUGUCAUUCAGUCUUGGAUAUGCUAUGCGGUUAAUCAUCAGGUUCAACACCUUACAAUAGACAUACGUUAUCUUAAAAUUCCCCUUCACUUGCCUCAUUGUUUAACUCGUUGCACAUCCUUAACGACUCUCGAACUGUGUUGCUCUCCUCGAAGCAUAAAAUUGCCUAAAACUUUUGAGUUGCCUUCUUUGAAACAUUUGAUCCUUGAUGAAUUGGAAUUGGAAUUUUUUGAUGGAAGUAUCUUCUCAAGUUGUCCAAAUCUGGAGACUCUAAAACUUGCUGGCCUAUUUUCGGGAGUUUUCGAUGUUUCUGCUCUAAAUCUGAAACACUUUGAUUUUAUCAAUACAGAUAGACAAGUGCCUUUUUCCAAUCUUGAAUUUGUUAUUUUGGCUCCAAAGCUUAUGAAAUUCAGUUAUUUUGGUUAUCCUCCUGGAGUACUCUCUUUCAAGAAUCUUUCUUCUUUGGACCAAAUUGAAAUUGAUCUGCCCAGCAUCGAUGAUUUAGCUCCUGUAGAUGCGCUAAAGCAAAUGUUUGCUCUCAAAGCGCUCCGGAUGCUUAAUGCAUUUCAUAUAGCAAAAGCCAUCACAUUGUCACCGAACGUCAUUCAAGUUCUAUCUUACGUUCCUGCUUUGCUGAAUGAGCACCCUUCACAGUUAUCAAAUCUGAAGCAUCUGAAGCUGUGGAGUAGCAAGUCAUCCAAGAAAGGCAGUGUUAUCUUAAAUUACUUUCUUAAGAGCUCUCCGUUGCUGGAAAUAUCUUAUAUUAAAUGACCAACAAAUCGAUUGCUCAAGGUCGAUUAAAGAAAUCCUUGGUUGUGUAGGCUAUUUUAUCCGAAUUUUGGUCCACUUAUCGAUAUUUAUAUUAUUAUGCACUUUUAUGAUAUAGAUUAUGGCGACUCUGAUUAUUUUACUUCAGUUGUUAUUUUUGUUCAUUACUAGUAUAACAUAUCUGAAACUCUCUCUCUUGGUUCUGUAAGUUGAUUAAAGAAAUCAUUGGUUCUGCUAGUUAUUUUAA